GACACAAAAAUACUAAAGCGUAUAUGAAGUACAGGAAGGGGGAAGUAGGAAUAGGGUAAAGGGUCACUAGGCCAAGGCUUGGGACUGAAUGUGUUUCCUCAUAACCACCUUCCUCAUUCUGUAUGAAGUGUUUAGAGACAGACAACUUCAUUAUGUGAGAUUAUUAGAGAGACACAGUAACCAGCAUGGUGGGAGACAAAAGAGAUUGAGGAGGGAGAGGAAAGGAAUAGAGGAAAUACAGAGGAAAGAGGCAGAGUGAUAACAAGCCACUUACGAAGUAGAAUAGAGAAGAUAAGGCAUACGGUCAAGGUGGAAGAGGGGAGAACCAGCCCUGCCAAGGACUAGGGUGUGUCUCUCAGUCAAAACUAGGGGCCCAAGAGCCCUGUCAUGUUGUCAGUAACCAUAAGAGCAGAUCUUCUGCAACAUGGGAAAAAAAGAAGCCAUAUCAAUAAAGGAAGUUGUUGUCCACAAGGAGGUGGAGAUGGAGAGGUCCUGCCCAACUCAGUCCUCCACUUGAGAAGGUCUGAGCACGGGUGUCACUUUACUCUGAUUCUCUCUGGACUCCUGAGCACCCCAGUGCCCCUAGACAGGGCAUCGAUGCCUUCCUGAUAGCCCUGCUGCUCUUCCUUCCUGGACAUAAUCUGGCCAUGGCUCAGAUUCUCCUUCUUUUGCUGUCGGCAACAUGCCUGCACACUGGGAACUCAGGAGGAUACACAAGAAAAAAUUACUUUGGGGUGAACCAACCAGCUGUCCUCUCUGGAGUCCAGGGUGGCUCCAUUGAGAUCCCCUUCUCCUUCUACUUCCCCUGGAAGUUGGCCAAGGAUCCGCAGAUGAGCAUAGCCUGGAGAUGGAAAGAAGUCCAUGGGGAAUUCAUCUACCAGUCCACUCUAUCUUUCAUUCAUGAGCACUUCAAGGACCGGCUCAUCCUAAACUGGACACAGGGUCAGACAUUCGGAGUCCUCAGAAUCCUGAACUUGAAGGAGAAUGACCAGGCCACAUACUUCAGCCAAGUUUGCCUGCAAACAACAGAAGGCAUGAAAUGUUGGCAGUCUAUUCCUGGGACAAAACUCAUUGUUACACAUGAUCUCAGUACGACCAUGAGGACCCCCUCCAUCAUCACCUCUGCAGACCCCACAGCUGGCCUGGAGAACAUAAGGGGCCAAAGGAAUCCUUCACUGCUGAACCUGGGGGGCAUCAUUGGGAUGGUCGUGGCCAAAGUUGUAGUCAUCAUCCCCCUCUACGGAUGGAUGAUCUCUCUGUGGUGGAAGCAAAGGCCAGCAGAGUAACGCCUAAACCCCAGCCAGGCUCCGGAUGAGACAUCAUCCCUUCUUCCUCAACUAAGAGACCUCCCAGUGUUAGGAUCUCUCAACAGGGAGAUUAGUUUAUAUCAAAAUAGUUAUUGGUGACCACAUACUCUGCAUCCCACAACCUCCCAUGUGAUUCUCUCUGGGAAUCAGAAUUCUCAGAAUUCUUCAGAAUUCUGCUGUGAAAGAUCACCAUACUUGGAUAACCCCCACUUCUGCCACAUGGUCUCUGAAACCCUCUGCUUGAAACCAACUUCAUCUCGUAUGUCUCUGGGCCAGAGAGCCUGACUGUGCUCUUCAUUCUCUGCCCAUGGACUUAUUGACACUUUCAAUAAAUACCUCACUUCCCGCAAUCCAUCUCCAUGUCUCUCCUGAGCCCGCUCAUAACACAACUUAGAGAGUGGCACACUGUGUCUAGCAUGUGGGUCACUGGGAUAGAUAUAAGGACAAUAGUCUGCAUUGAAACCAACAGCCUGAUAAUCAAGGUUCACCUCUUCCUUACUCUCAGGAGGCUGACAUCUCAUCCAGAGCCCAACCCCCACCCCACAUGCUUCACAUCAAGUGUCAGACCAAGGCUUCCUUUCCUCACAAGCCCAACUGCAUGCACUCACAUUCUCAUUUCCUACCAUGUCGACAUUCUUGACUCUGGGUUCUCUCCUAGAAUAGGACAUUUGUCGCAAGUCCAAUCUGUCCUAACAUUUGAUAGUCAUCACAUCAACUUCUAAUAAAACCCUGUGGGGACACAGAAAACCAUCCAGAGUGACCCAGGAGGAAUGAAACCAGGCUUCUCAUGAUAGAAGAAGUUCAUUGACAUACUCUAUACAGAUC